AGAUUAAGGAACUUGUACUCAAAAUAAAGAAAACCUCCACUAUAUUAAUUACUCACUUCUCAUAACUCAUGAUUAUUACUCUUUAACUCAACUAUUCCAAGUUCCUUAGCUUCCCGCUGAAGCACACAAAACACCAUUCUUCUUUCUCUUUCUUGCACACUUAAUUCCUAAAAAAUCCCACAUUUUCUUUCUCUUUCUUCUCCUCUUACCAAUCAAACUGCUAAAAAUUUCUCCUUUGCUUCUUCAAUGCUCAAAGCAAAUACAGCUCUUGCAAAAUCAAAUAUUUUUUUAAAAAAAAUUAUAUGAUGAUGCUUUAGUCCCACCUUCCAUAACCAUAACCAUAUCCUUUUCUUCAAUCCAACUCAACUUCCUAAACAUUUUUCCCACUAAAAAUUAAACCCAAAAAAUCCCAACAAUUCUUACUUUUUUUGCACUCAAUUUCUCAUAAUAGAAAGAUUUAACCAAAAAAAAAGAUCAAAUUUUUAGUGGGUAUUUCAACAUUUGAGUAGAAUAAUUGAAAAAUGAGUAUAGAAGUGGUGCAAAUGCAAUCUUCAAGUGUAAGUUCAAUACAAAAUAGUAGCCCCACAAAUCAUGAUGGUUUAUACCAACAUAAUAAUAAUAAUAAUCAUCUCAACAUUAUCAAUACUUCUUCUUUGUCUCCUGUAGCUGCUUUAGAAGAAGAAGAAGAAGAGGUGGGUGGAGGAGAGAGAAAGAGAAGGAGAGAAGAAGAAGAAGAGAGAGAUUAUCAAUUGAAAUUAUUUGGAUUGUUUUUUACAGUUUUUAAAAGAUCUGUUUUUGGGUGUUCUUCUUGUGAAAUUAAAGGAGGGUUUUCAACUUCUUCUUCUGAUUCUUCUUGUGGUGGGAUGGAAAUUGGGUUACCUACAAAUGUGAGACAUGUUGCUCAUGUUACUUUUGAUAGAUUUAAUGGAUUUCUUGGUCUUCCUGUGGAAUUUGAGCCUGAAGUUCCCAGAAGAGCACCUAGUGCUAGCACCACAGUAUUCGGAGUUUCGACCAAUUCCAUGCAACUCUCAUUUGACACCAGAGGAAACAGUGUCCCUACGAUACUCUUGCUAAUGCAACAUCGGCUGUAUGCUUUAGGAGGUCUCCAAGCUGAAGGAAUAUUCAGAAUCAAUCCUGAUAAUGGGCGAGAAGAGCAUGUCAGGGAUCAACUAAACCGAGGACUAAUUCCUGAUGAUGUCGAUGUUCAUUGCUUGGCAGGUCUAAUAAAGGCUUGGUUCAGAGAACUUCCAACUGGUGUUUUGGACUGUCUUUCCGCCGAGCAAGUCUUGGAAUCCCAGACAGAAGAGGAGUGCUUUCAGCUUGCAAGGCUUCUUCCCCCAACAGAAGCUGCUCUUUUAGAUUGGGCUGUAAAUCUAAUGGCUGAUGUUGCACAAUGUGAACAUAUGAACAAGAUGAAUGCACGAAAUGUUGCUAUGGUGUUUGCUCCGAACAUGACCCAUAUGGCAGACCCUUUGACAGCAUUAAUGCACGCCGUCCAAGUGAUGAAUUUUCUGAAGACACUCAUUGAAAGGACAUUAAAAGAAAGAGAGGAUUCGGUUUUAGAUUCAGCUCUUGAUUCUUACAGCCGGGAUCCUUCUGGAGACAAUGGUUGUCAUACCACUCCCUUGCAAACCAUUGAUGAGGAGAAUAAUGAAAGCGAGGCAGAUGUGAGAGAAGACCGUAAUUCUGAAAACGUGAACCCUGCUGCAGCAUUAGAUCACCACUCCUCGAUUGAAAACAUCAAUAUUCAGGGAGAAGAAAAUCAGUCUUCAGUCAGUAAUCACAGUGAAGAAGAAUCAACACCUCAACAGACCAAACCUAAGCCAUCUAACAAGCAGAAGAUCAACAUUAGAAGUGCACAAAUUUCCACAACUAAAAAAGGGACUAGAAAUAGUAAUGAAAAACUUGUUGGUCAGGUUACUAAGUCAGCUGAGAAAACUAAAGGAAGCAUCCUUGCCAGCAGUGUGAAUCUGAGAAGGGAGAGAAUUGAAGCUUGGCGGUAAAUCUCAUCGCACUUUUCCCUCCAUUAUCAUGUUAUGUUAUGGGUUGGAAACGGGUGGGUCGUGUUAUAUCAUCUGCAUAUUUGUGGCGUAGUGAUCCAAAGUUGAAAUUGUAGUUUCAACUUGGAAAGAUGUAUUCAGUAUCUAUUUUGCCUGUUUCCUUGGAUGAUUUAUAUGCUCUAUGUUGUAUGAGUGGUGAUUUUCUUUUAUUAACUUGUUCUGAAAUCA